AAAAAGUUAAGUGAAAGGUCCAUGUUGAAUAUGACAACUCGAAUAGAGUGCAUAUUCUUCAGUGAGUUUCACCCUACUCUGGGUCCAAAGAUAACUUAUCAGGUACCAGAGGAGUACAUUUCACGGGAAUUGUUCGACACGGUCCAAGUUUAUAUCAUCACUAAGCCAGAGCUACAAAACAAAUUAAUUACAGUCACUGCUAUGGAGAAGAAGCUAAUUGGCUGUCCAGUGUGCAUCGAGCAUAAAAAGUACAGCCGAAAUGCUCUUCUCUUUAACCUCGGCUUUGUUUGUGAUGCUCAGACCAACACGUGCGCUCUUGAGCCAAUUGUCAAAAAGCUGGCUGGGUACCUCACAACUCUGGAGUUGGAAAGUGGCUUUAUUUCAAAGGAGGAGAGCAAGCAGAAACUUUUACCCAUAAUGUCGACGUUGUUAGAGGAUCUUAAUGCUACAGGAGCCUGCACAUUACCUAUAGACGACUCCAACACCAUCCAGCUAAAACUGAUCCAGCAGCGGAAGGACCCCCCCACUGUCCAGGAGUAUGACGUCCCCGUCUUCACCGAAUGCAAAGAGCUUUUUAUAAAGUCUCACUGGGACCUCACCACUCAGCAGAUUUUGCCUUACAUUGAUGGAUUUAGACACAUUCAGAAAAUCUCUGCCGAAGCAGACGUCGAGCUGAAUCUCGUUCGUAUCGCUGUGCAGAAUCUGCUGUAUUAUGGUGUUGUGACUUUGGUCUCGAUAUUCCAGUACUCCAAUGUCUACUGCACAACCCCGAAGGUUCAGAGCCUCAUUGAUGACAAAUCCCUUCAGGACGAAUGCCUCAGCUACGUCUCCAAACAGGGUCAGAAGCGUGCCAGUCUUCGGGACGUAUUCCAGCUCUACUGCGGCCUCAGUCCUGGAACGACGGUGCGGGACCUUUGUUCUCGCUACUCGCAGCAGCUUCAAAGGGUUGAUGAGAGGAGGCUAAUCCAGUUCGGACUGAUGAAAAGUCUCAUCCGACGGCUUCAGAAGUAUCCUGUGAAGGUGGUGCGGGAUGAGAGAAGCAGACCGCCUCGUCUCUACACUGGCUGUCAUAGUUAUGAUGAAAUCUGCUGCAAAACAGGGAUUAGUUACCAGGAGCUGGAUGAACGUUUGGAAAAUGACCCUAAUAUUGUCAUCUGCUGGAAGUGAUGUUAAAUGAAGCCACCUACCAAGAAGCCACCACCAAUACAGCCAAGAGCGAGACGCCUCAAACAUCGAGUUAUGUUUUGUAAAUUUCUUUGCUUCGUUUUUUAUUAAUUAUUUAUUUCCAUCAUUAAAAGACUGUGACUAACUUUA